CGCAUCACGCGGCUCUCACGAGCCGAUCGCACACCGCCAGAUUGUGCACGCGAAUAUAAAUAGCCACGCCGCAACGGCCGCCUUUUCUUCUCCCUUUCCUUCCCCCUCCCCUGCCCCGGCCGUCGCCAGGGUUCUGCCGCCAUGCCGCAGGGAGACUACAUAGAUCUUCACCAGAAGCGCCAUGGGCGGCGGCCGGACUACGAGGAGCGGAAGCGCAAGCGCGAGGCGCGCGAGGUGCACAAGCGCUCGCAGCAGGCCCGGAAGCUGCUCGGUGCCAAGGGCAAGAGGUUUGCCAAGAAGCGGUAUUCUGAGAAGGCGCAGAUGAAGAAGACCCUGAAAAUGCACGAUGAGUCAACUACGAGGAACAAAGUUGAGGAUGUUCAGGAAGGAGCUCUCCCGCCGUAUCUACUUGAUCGUGAUCAGACACAACGGGCAAAAGUUCUUAGUAACACUAUAAAGCAAAAAAGGAAGGAAAAAGCUGGAAAAUGGGAUGUUCCUUUGCCAAAGGUUAGACCUGUGGCAGAAGAAGAGAUGUUCAAAGUCCUUCGGACUGGCAAACGGAAAACAAAGCAAUGGAAGAGAAUGGUCACCAAAGCGACAUUUGUUGGACCUGGAUUUACAAGGAAGCCUCCAAAGUAUGAGCGGUUCAUACGGCCAACUGGCUUGCGUUUCACCAAAGCUCAUGUGACCCAUCCUGAAUUGAAGUGCACCUUUAACCUUGACAUUAUCUCAGUAAAGAAAAACCCCAACGGUCCAAUGUAUACAUCGCUUGGUGUUAUUACAAAGGGUACCAUCAUCGAGGUUAAUGUGAGUGAACUUGGUCUUGUGACCCCGGCUGGAAAAGUUGUUUGGGGUAAAUAUGCCCAAGUUACCAACAAUCCAGAGAAUGAUGGUUGCAUCAAUGCGGUCCUACUAGUGUAAAAACCAGUGUGUUAUUCUGGGUGGCGGAUAUCUGAGCCGUUAUGUUUUAUGGAUAAGAUUCCUGCAGUGUUGUCUCACGGAACUGUUUCAUACUUGCCCAGUUUCCCUUCCUGGUUAGAACGACAGAGUUACACCGAAUUACUCGUCGAAAGAAUUUUGGAAAUCAUCACGCAACUCUUGAAGCACUUUUGUACCAUUGCGAUUUGGGCUGAACAAGGAUUAUUGCACGCGUCUUUUAGUUAACCGGGUAUUAGUUUGAUAAAGGUCUCCGAUCCUCUGUAUCAGUACAGUAUAGCUAAGUUCGUCAUGAGUUCUGCCUGAUAAAAAUGAGAUAUUUAGAACAAA